UCUGUGCAGCUCAAAGUUAUUUACAAAUCCACUUCGAACGCGAUCAGUUCACAAUGAGCACCCCUCGACUGCCCGUAGUACAAGGUCUAAUCCUUCUUCUCCUCGUGGAGCUAGGUCUGACUGCGGUCAGCGAUACGGAGUGGGUCCAGUACAAGGCUAAGUACAACAAAAAGUACGGAGGAAGAGACGGAUACCACCGGGCGCUAUACGAACAGAGAGCUCCGAUGGUGCAGCAUAACAACAGGCUCUUUUCCCAGGGAAAGGUUGGAUUUAAGAUGGAAAUCAACCAGUUCUCCGACACAGAUCAGAGCGUCCUCUUCAGAUAUCGGUCGUCGAUCCCACCGCCCCUGGAGCCGAGUACUACUUAUGGUAUGAAUUAUGGUACUACUUAUGGUAUUGAUGUGAACUUCAAGAGCUACGACCAGAUCACCGGAGGAGUCGACUGGCGGCAGUACGGCUAUAUAUCGGAAGUGGGAAACCAGGGCACCCAGUGCCUGAGCUGCUGGGCCUUCUCCACCUCGGGAGUCCUCGAGGCGCACCUGGCUAAAAAGAACAAGAAACUGGUGCCACUUUCUCCACAGCAUUUAGUGGACUGUGUGCCCUAUCCGAAUAACGGCUGCAGCGGCGGUUGGGUGAGCGUGGCAUUCAAAUACAUGAUGAAGAAGGGCAUUGCCACCAAGGAAUCCUAUCCCUACGAGCCUAAGGCAAGGGAUUGCCUAUGGAACAGCACCAACAGUGCCGGCACCUUGACGGACUACGUCACUCUUAGUAGCUACGAUGAAAAGGAGCUGGCGGAGGUGGUAUACAAUGUUGGACCCGUGGCGGUGUCCAUUGACCAUCUUCACGAGGAAUUCGAUCAGUACUUCGGAGGAAUCCUUAGUAUUCCUGCGUGCAGGUCCUCGAGAACCGACCUUACACACUCUGUUCUUGUCGUCGGCUUUGGCACCCAUCCGAAGUGGGGAGACUAUUGGCUAAUUAAGAACUCUUAUGGCAUCGAAUGGGGCGAAAACGGUUACUUUAAGCUGGCUCGAAACGCCAACAACAUGUGUGGAGUGGCCUCUCUUCCCCAAUAUCCAAUUGUUGGAUAAAGUCCUUGAAGAGUAUGAUAUCACUUCGUUCAUAUCUCCCAGUCAAAUACAGUACCCAGAAUCAAA